CAACCUGCCGUCAGUUUCACCGCAUCUCGCGCAGGCCCCGCGUCGCUGCGCGCCGUCACGCUACCACAAAUACUAUGUGCACCAGACAGAAACGAUCUAUCAAAUAGUGUUAAGUUACUGUUAUUAAGUUUAACUAGUGACUCGAGUGUUACGCAGAAUGAUGAACUCUCUCGCAUUUCACAUAUUUCUUAUAAGUCUGGUCGCUCCUACUGUUAUUCAAUGCAUAUCAGUGAUAGGACCGCGAGUGGUCCGGCCGUACAGCGCGUAUCGUGUAGCGGUCGCAGGCGGACCGCGGGCACAGAGCCUCUAUGUAGCCGUGGAGGGCAGGAAGGCCAAUGGAGAGCCCUACUCACAAGGGCGAGAGGUGCAGGUCCAACCGGCGUCUUCCAGGAUCGUUGAUCUUGAGAUAGACGACCCGGGGCCCGGUAACUACGAGCUGAUCGCGCAGUCGAGGUCUGGCGCACAGUUCUCAUCGUCAGCGCGACUGGUGUACCAACCGAGGAGCUUCUGCGUAUUCGUGCAGACCGACAAACGGGUCUACCAGCCCGGAGACACCAUCAAGUUCAGAGUCGUCGCUCUAGAUAAGUACUUGCUGCCUUUGUCUAUCCCGAUAGACGUGAGCGUGAUGGACGCGGGAGGCUCUCCUGUAAGACAAUGGGGCGCUGUCUCCCUGGACCGAGGGAUUCUCUCCGACGAGUUGGUACUGGCUGAUGAGCCAGCACUUGGGGAAUGGACGAUACAAGUGGAGGUUCGCAACCAAGUGUAUUCGCGCCAGAUACUGGUGGCCGACUACGUGAUGCCCAAGUUCCAGAUGGACAUGCAACUGCCUAAAGAAGUGUUGUUCAGCGCGGGCCGGUUUACCAUCAACGUCACUGCUAACCACUUCACCGGUUUACCGGUACAAGGAGAACUAACCCUAUCCGCAUAUGCAGUAUUUUUUUCCGACAUUCUCCAGCCAGUAUUCUCUAAUCCCGCCCGCAAGGUUGUCGACUUCAACGGUAACACUGAAGUGACCUAUGAUCUAAAAACUGACCUAGACCUUGCCGAAGAUGCGGCAAGGCCGUUAGUAGUUGAAGCAGUACUGGAGGAGAAAGAUACGUUGAUAAAGCAAAAUGUCUCCUCAAGAAUUCUUUUGUUGAGGACUCCUUAUAGACUCAAGGUUACUGCUCCGGAGUACUUCAGGCCUAAUUUACCUUACACUGUCCAGAUCGAAGUGGUAGAUCCAUCAGGCCAAAUAAUAGAACUGGACGAUGACGUCACGGUCGAGCGUUUAUGGGAUGACGGAGCGCCUGUAAAUGUGACGACGGUUCCAUUGAAGAAAGGUUUAGCCACCUACACUUUAACGCCUGCUGAAUCGUAUGCUGCUUUUACUCUCAACUUAGUGAUAAAAUACAAGGAGGUCACAGAGCGAGUGAUCAAUGUGAUAAAAUCAGCUGGUUCUAAAGGACAAUACCUCACGGUGGAACUGUUGACUCGGGAUACCACCGUCGGAGGCGAGAUGCGGGCGCGUAUUUCCUCCACCGAACGAAUGGAUCUUCUGCACUAUGCUGUUAUAGGGCGUGGAGAUAUCCUUCUCGCUAAAACUGUUGAAUUAAGCCCUGCUCGCAAAAGCGUGGACGUCUCAAUACCGGUGCAAGCGCGGAUGGCUCCCGGCUGCGUGCUGCUAGCUUGGUAUCCGCUGUUGGACUCUACCCAAGACGUCGUAUUGGCGUCAGCGAUAUAUGCCCCACAAAAGAAUUUGCUACAGCACAAAGUAUAUCUAUCAGUAGGCGGAGGCUACCGACCAGGUGGCGCGGUAGAAAUGAGGGUGGUGGGCGAGCCCGGCGCUCACGCUGCCGUGCUGGCAGAGGACUCGCGGGCUGCCCUCGCGGGACUCUCUGGGGAGGACGGGCUCGGCAGCGGGCUUGACAUGCACACGAUCGAACGAGAAGUAGAAAGCUUUAGUGGCUUGAGGCAUUCCAUAUUCAAGAAUCAUGACCAUUUGCCAGGCAUGGGAGUUGACCUGGGAGGCAACGCUACAUUUGACGUUUUCACGAAUGCAGGAGUAGUCAUCUUAACGGAUGGUUUAGUAAUGAGGAGCGAUCCAAGAGGUAAACCGCCGCCUCUAAGCCUCCCGGAAACAGGCACUCGGCCUCCGCUGGCGGGACCUUACGCCUUUAGUCGCCUGCCGACGCCGCCAACUCCGAGAUAUUACCUCAAACUUGCACCGCAGCCUACUUGGACGGUUGCUAACUUCUCAAUCGACAAUGACGGAAGAGGCUCUGAGAACAGAGUAUCUCCAAUCACCAGUGGCAACUGGUUGGUGGGAGCGUUCGCGGUACAUCCUGAGCUCGGACUAGGCCUCGCUUCACCACAGAAGUUCACCACCAGCAUACCCUUAACCAUAACUGCAGAGCUGCCAGCUAGCCUACAACGUGGCGAAGCGUUGGCGGCAGUUAUCACAUUAAAAAGCACGCUGACAGUUGAUACAAGCGUUGAAGUUACUUUCCACAAUUCCGAGCAGUACUUUGAGUUUGAACCGUUGGAAAAUAACAUCGAUUCGGCUAAAAAGAUCGAGGUGUACCGCCGCCUUAGAGUGUCGGUCCCGGCAGGAGGCUCCGCCAGCACAGCGUUCCUAGUGAGCGCCACGCGGCUGGGAGAAGCGCCAAUUAUCGUUGAGGCCACCGGCGAUGGAGUGUCUGCUUCACUCUUCAGGACUAUUGACGUUAAGGACGGUUACGACGAAGAAAUCUCAUCCUGGGGCCUGCUAGACGGGCGGCGCGGCGUAGCGCGCGCGAACGUCACGCUGGAGCCCCCGCCGGGCUCGCGAGCGGGCCCGGUGUCGCUGCUGGCAGCCGGGAACCUGCUGGCCGCGGCGCUGCCCAGGGCGCGCGCGGCCCCCGCUCCUGCUGCCGAUCCAGUGCACGCCUUGCGCCCCAUGGCAGUGGCUUGCGUGUUACUCGACUAUUUGCAGGCGAUCGGUGAAGACGACUCGGCAGUGACGAGCGAGGCUCGUGAUCACGCCGCCGCUGGCUACCAGCGGCUCAUGGCUUAUCGUCGACCGGAUGGUUCCUUCGCUCCCGACACCGAUGACGAAUCUACAGGAGACGUAUGGAUGACAGCAGUGGCAGCGCGUUGGCUGGUCCGUUGCGCGCGCCACGUAGUAGUGGGCCCGGCGGCGGCGACGGCAGCGAUUCGCUGGCUAGCCGAUGCGCAGGGCCCCGGCGGCAGCUUCCGCGCACCUGACCAGCGCCUCAACCGACAUGCCCAAGACGCCCUGCCAACGGCUGCGUAUGCGUUGUUGGCGUUCACACAGGCGCAGGGCAACGACAUAUUCCUGAGGCGCGCCGUCCAGCAAACCGCUGACUACGUCGCGGGCUCACUGUCUCCCGAACAGGACGCGUAUUCCCUGGCAGUUUCGGCCGGGGCUCUUGCCGCCGCUAGGCAUCCGCAGGCCGCUACGGCGCUGGAGAUGAUGGAUCGAUACGCCAACGCUUCUGGUUCAACUAAGUUCUGGUCUCGCAAGAUGACCGGUAACGAAUGGCGUAACCCCUGGCUGAAAGGCAACAGCCUAGAAGCCUCGACGGCAGCCUGGGGACUCCGCGCCAUGCUUUCGGAACGACUGGUAGACGAGGCCGUGCCCGUAGCCAGAUACCUUUUGCAGGCUCAGAACGACCUGGAUCCCGAUGUGCUGGAUGCACUUGCAAUGUUCGCUAAAGAAAUCAGAUCUCCAAAUAAACUUCGGUUGUCAGUGAAUGUCACAGGAUCUGAAGAAGCUCGACAGUUCAACAUAGACGACGAAAAUGCACUUGUCAUACAGACACAACUGGUACGUGCAGCGCGUUCCGCUAGUGCAGUUACCGAAGGUCGCGGCAUAGCCAUCGUGGGGCUCUCAACCAAAGGCAGCACCAACGUCACUGCAGCUUGGCCUCGGUUUAACCUGGACCCCCGGGUGGACCAGGUGUCUACUAAGGACCGCUUGCAGCUAUCCAUCUGCAUAGGGUUUGUCGCUCUGGGCAACGAAACUGAAAGCGGGCUUACUCUGCUGACCGUGCGACUACCCUCCGGAUACCUCGCUGACAUCCACACACUGACCGAACUAACGGCAGCGUCGCACGUGACGACAGCGCGACUGUCAGAAGGCGGCGCGGUGGUGCUGGCUUGGCUGCGCGCGGGCCGCGCCGAGCGCUGCGCCACGCUCGCCGCGCCGCGCGCCCUCGCCGUGGCGCGCCAGCGGCCCGGAGUAGCCACGCUCAAGGACCUUUACGACUCUAGUCACCGGGCGCGCGUUUUCUUCCAGCCAAUAACGACGCACGCGUGCGACGUUUGCCGCGCGUGGGCGUCGUGCUCCAGCGCGUGCGGCUCUGUGUCGGCGCAGCGCGCGGACAGCAGUGACGUCGCCAAACCGCGCAGUGCUCCUGAUGCAGCGGCGACGCACGUUCUAGCGCCCGCUAUAGUGGCGCUCGUGACGUUAUUAUUUACUCUACUAUGAGUUUACGAGAUAAACCCUUUGACUAACAA